AUGUCCGGAGGUCUCAUAGAUAAAGUCUACAUUGGCCUGGACAAUGCGCCGGCAGCCUUCGAUAUAAAAGCCCGAAUUUUGGGACCAAAUGGCACUAAUUUAGAAUAUAUUAGAUCAGAAACUGGUGUCGUAGCUGUAUUAAAAGUUGAUAAAAUAGAACCACUGCAUUUGGCGCUACACCAUACCAGGUCUGAAGCAUUAGCGGCAGCGAGGUCGCUCGCUCAAAAUUUGAUUGAAACUAUACGCGCAGAACUAGCUCAGUGGAGUGCUGCGCAAGCAGGAGGACCACCGCCCACUAUAAACGUGCCGCCACCGCCACUCACUAGCACGAAUACUACAAGCGCACAGCCACCCGCUCCCCCACCUGUCGUAACUGCCUCACUGUCCACACCCCCCGCAUUAACGUCUACAUCUCAACAAACUAUCGUCCCCCCAGUAGUAAGUGUAGCACCCGCAACCACUCCAUUUAUGACUGUUCGACAACCCACAGUAUUUCAAUUCCUACAACCUCAGCAGCAAUAUGUUUUAAAUCAAGAAAACGGGCAGCUUAUACCUAUAGUCCAACCUGGGAUGCAAGUUUCCAAUACCAAUUUCACAUCACUGCCUAUAGGGCAACAUUUAAGUUUGCAGCAACCUAACUUCGGAACUCAAAUUGUAGACAUAUCCAAUAUGCAACCAGUAAAUGUAACUCAAUUACGAUUAAGUGGUGUGCCAUCAUCUAUGUCAAUGAUACUUCCGAAUGGACUAACAUUUCCUCAAGCUAGUCUCACAACUACAGAUUCCACAACUGUUAGUUCGGCAACUUCCACACCAGUAGUGUGUGCGGCUCAGAGCACAAAUUCAUCACAAAAGAUUCUAUAUAGCACCGACAAGGGAGAUAAAGAUGUGAAAUACCAUAUACAAGGAACGGACACAAUGCAAUGGACUGUCCCAGGUUCCCAAACAAUGUUGAUACCUUAUCAACAACUGCAGGAUCUAACAUCAAAUCAGCAGGGAUUACAGGGAUUAACUAAUUUGCAGCCGCAACAAUUUGUUUCUAUAGCACCAGCGGGAGGACUUCCACAAACUUCUCUUCCAUUGACAGCUUCUCAGUUACAGCAACUACAGGCCACUGGUACAAUUAUGCAGCUAAAUCAAAAGAGUACAUCAACUCCUACAAAGAACGUUAGCAGUCAAGAGUCUAGAGGUCAGAAAAGAAUGUCUGAUGGGACUCCGAGUCAAUUGCAGCUUAGACCGAUAGCGCCCGCUGGGUAA